AAUUUUUUAGUGCUAAAUCAUGGGGUUACAAAAACACUACCUCAGAUAUGGCCGCAGCGCGAGAGAUCACAUAUUGGGACUGGCGGGCGGAGGGCGUCGCAACACCAUCGUGAAAACUGCCGGCGACAACGGUCACAACAGCCACAGUGGCCAUGGAACACAUCGUCGGUCGGAUGGCGGGGGUGGAGGCGGAGGUGAACACGGUGGUAUGCCAAAUUUAACCAACCGCCCCACCCCGCUGUCCAUGCUGAUAUCACAAGGAGCUAAAAUCAAUAACCAUAGACUAGCUGUGAUAAUUAUUGGAAUAGUAACAUUAAUUUUAGGAAUAAUGCUAUCAACAAUACCAUGGCUUGAUUAUUUUAUAUUAAAGAAUUUAAGGCUAUGGAAUGAUACGUUAAGUUUUCAUUACUGGCAGAGGCCUGGUGUCAUACGAUUAACUAAAGUCUAUAUAUAUAAUGUCACAAAUCCAGAUGAAUUCCUGAAUGGGGAAAAGCCGAGCUUAACGGAAGUGGGGCCAUUCGUUUAUAGAGAAGACAUGCAGAAGGUGAAUGUACAUUUCUACGAUAAUCAAACAGUGUCAUAUCAGCACAAGAAAAUUCUACAAUUCGUUCCCGAAUUGAGCAUAGACAAGAAUACUCCGAUAGUCACACCUAAUAUUCCUUUAUUGACUCUUACUAGUCUCAGUCCAAAACUUGGUUACCUGCUCUCAAAGACCAUUUCUGUGGUGCUAACAGCAGCCAAGUUCAAGCCUUUCAUCAAUGUGACCGCCGAUCAGUUGGUAUUUGGCUAUGAUGACGCGCUCGUUAGCCUUGCGCAUCGAUUUUAUCCAAAACAUUUGCGUCCAAUGGAGCGUAUGGGACUGCUCAUUGCGCGCAAUGGCACACUAACCGAAGUCUCAACAAUCAAAACUGGACACCAUGGCAUGGAAGAAUUCGGUUAUAUAGAUCGCCUCAAUGGACUCGAUCACUUACCGCACUGGCACAAUCCACCCUGCAAUCGUAUAGCCGCCUCGGAAGGUUCCUUCUUUCCACCGCGCGACAUAACAAAAUCGGAUAUGGUGUACCUCUACGACAAGGAUUUGUGCCGCGUCAUACCUUUGCAGUACCAAAGAGGCGUACAAAAAGAUGGCAUCGGCGCUGAUCUGUACAUCUUGCCGGAUAAUUCUUACGGCGAUUCAUCGACCAACCCGGAAAACGAAUGCUUCAAUCCAAGUGACUACGAGGCGAAGAAGGGUCUACAAAAUAUCAGCCCCUGCCAAUACGGCGCGCCUGUCUAUAUAUCCAAUCCACAUUUUUACCAAGCCGAUGAGUCGUUGCUGGACUCGGUAGUGGGACUCAAACCGAAUAAGAGCGUACAUGAAACAUACUUCAAAAUUCAAUCGAAAUUGGGUGUUCCACUCGAAGGCAAAGUACGCAUUCAACUCAAUCUCAAGGUGACACGAGCGAAAGAUGUGUAUCCGGUUAAGGAUUUUCGGGACUUUGUGUUUCCCAUCAUGUGGCUAGAAGAAGGCAUCUCCGAGCUAACGCCUGCCAUCCGUCGGUGGAUCUACUUGGCCACCGUAUUCGCGCCCAUCAUCAUACCGAUCUCCUCGUAUCUGAUGAUCUUUGGCGGUGCGUUCGCCAUUGUGUUUAUCUUCGUGCGUGCCUACCAAAACUUCGUGUUCGCGCGCGAUCCCACCCUGGAGAUUCUGGAAAUGGGUCGCCGUUCAUUGCGGCGCGGCAGCAGCUUUAUUGCGCAGCAUCAGCACAAAUUCAUGCAUCGCGACAGCUAUACGCUGCUGAAGACGGUGCCGGGAGACUUGUUGGACGACACAGAGGAUGCGAUACCGAUCAUGACGAAUAAUAGUUCAUAGUAUUCGCCAGCAACUGAAGUGAAAUUGAACGAUCCAUCAAUCGAGUCUCAUACACACACACAUAGUAUGUACAUACAUACGUUUGAGUGAUCGUCUUUCGAAUUUAGUUGUUAAUUUCGUAGUUUUUUUUAAGUCAAGUGUGAGAAUUAUUUAUGAAUGAGAAUUAUGAUAUGUAUGUAUGUAUGUAUGUAUUUUGAGGAGCGUGUGUGUCGUAUAUUUAAAUAAGGAAAUGGCGUACAACGAAGAUGAUAACAACAACAACAAAAACAAGAACAUGUGAUUUAAGUUAUUACUUCGUAGGAGUUUCUAGUUUAGUGUAGUGACUUUGAGUUGAAUUUUUAAAAUACUUUUUGUUGGAUGAGCUGUUUGUUUGGUUCUCUCUUUGUGUGUGACUCUUUGUGAGCGUGAGUCUGCAGCCUUUAGUGCGUUUUAGCUCUAAUUUUUCAACAAUUUCAUAUUUAGUUAAGAACUUGAAGUUGGUAUUGUAUGUACACAACUACAUAUACAUACAUAUAGUGCGGUGUUUAGCUUUUCUUUUCGUCUUUUUCUUCCUUUACGUAUACCUACUCUACUUAUGCAUAUACUAAGCGACUUUCCAGGGUUAGUGGUAAACAUAGUUGAGCUUAAGUGCGCAAAUAUUCACAUACAGACAAACGAACCGCAACGCAACGAUUUCAGCGCACUUGCAUACGGACAGACAGACAAACAGACAGCGUACUGUUAAGAAUUAAUAAAACAUAUUUUUGGUAAUAAAUGGAAAUGGAAUUUGUACAAAUUUUAAUCAAAGAAUAUGAAAUAGACUCAAUAAAUUUAAAAGAUGUGACAAAAAUUUUGGACUAAACCUUGCGAAAUUCUAGCUCAUCAUACACAUAUAGUACAAUAGUUUGUAAAAAUUUUUGACUUUUGGAAAAUUAUGAAACACAAGUUGCUGCGACAAAACCAAAAUGUACUGUUAUUGUCCAAAAACCAAAUUCAACUACUUUUAAAUUUUUGUACAUACAUACGUGUACUAGAUAUUUAAAUAUAUACAGAUAUUUAUAUAUAUAAUUGUAUAUGUAGUAUCAUAAGUACUAACACAUACACACACAUAAUAUACAUAAUCUGAAAUUCUAUUUUUGUAUGUGCGGGGAUCUUCCAUUACUCUUACAUUUAGACUUAACUAGUUGUUAAUUUGAUUAGUUUUAAAUACAUUUUGUUGUAAGAUGGAAAAUAUAUUUUUAAAAGCUUAUUUUUCAAAUUUAUUUCACUAGUCAUUUUUACGACACAAAAAUGAGAGCAGAUUAUUAUUCAUAAGCAGUUUUAAGUGUUUAGAUGAUUUUUUAAAGUUUUAUACAAAAAUAUUAUAUGUGUGAUACAUAUUUUAUGCAUAGUCAAUUGAAUUUAAACUUAAGCAAAGUAUUGAGGAAUAACGUCGAAAUGCAAUAUUUGUGAAACGAAUUUUUUUGUUUUAG